AUCUCUCUCUCUCUCUCUCUCCCUCUCUUUCUGCCACUCAUCACCACCCCCAUGUCCUCUUUCUAAUCACUCUUCAUAAUCAGACCCUAAUCCAAUCCCAACCCCUUAAAUUAAUCUCGCAAACUGUAACCCAUAAAUCUAAUGGAUGAUGAGUGAACGGUCUGAUUGACAAUGGCAUUCCCUCCUCAUCAUCACAGUUUCAUCUUUCAUCCCCAUGAAGACAAUGACCACCUUCCCUCUCCUUCCUCUCUCAACUCUCUCCCCUCUUCUUGUCCUCCUCAGCUCUUCCCAGGUCUCUCUCCGGCAGGCGGUGGAGGACACUUCAUGAUGAAGAGAUCGAUGUCGUUUUCUGGGAUGGAGAAGUGUGAAGAAGUGCAUGGAGAUGAUGACUUGUCUGAUGAUGGGUCACAGCUAGGUGAGAAGAAGAAGAGGCUUAAUUUGGAGCAAGUUAAGGCACUUGAGAAGUGUUUUGAGUUGGGGAAUAAGCUUGAGCCUGAAAGGAAAAUGCAGUUGGCUAAGGCUUUAGGGCUGCAGCCAAGGCAGAUAGCUAUUUGGUUUCAGAACAGAAGGGCUAGAUGGAAGACUAAGCAGUUGGAGAAAGAUUAUGAAGUGUUGAAGAAACAGUUUGAUGCAAUUAAAGCUGAUAAUGAUGCCCUUCAAGCCCAGAACAAGAAACUUCAUUCUGAGUUAAUGGCUCUAAGACACAGAGAGCCAAAUUCUACAGAAUUUAACCCAAAGAAAGAAACUGAUCAAGGUUCUUGGAGCAAUGCAAGUGAGAACAGUUGUGAUAUUAAUUUAGAUAUCUCAAGAACUCCAUUGGAAACCAGCCCAGUCUCUAAUUCUCAACUAAGCACUAAGCAUCUCUUCACCACAGCUUCCAUCAGGCCUACAAGCAUGACUCAGCUGCUUCAAAGCUCAUCAUCAAGACAAGAUCUCCAUUGUCUGAAAGUUGAUCAAAUGGUUCAAGAUGAAAACUUCUGCAACAUGUUCAAUGGCAUGGAUGAGCAUCAAGGAUUUUGGCAAUGGCCUGCAGAGCAGCAUGCAGCAUUUUCACUCAACCAAACCCAAUUUUCCAAUAAUUAACACAUCUUCUUGACACAUUGUCAUUUAGCUUUAAGUGAGACUAAUGUUGAUUAAGAAGAAAGUUAAGAUUUUUCCCCCUACCAUUUUCAGUUCUUUGUUUCUUUUCUUUUGGGUUAAGUGUAGAAUUUGGAGAAAUGAUUCAAUACAUGGCAUUGUAUUUUCAACG